AACGAGAGGGGUGCUUAAUAUAAGACAGGAACAAAAAAAGUAAAAGAAAAAACUGUUGCGACUUUUUGAUCCGAAAGGUUCCGUUGCAGCAGGAAGAGUCAAAAAUCGCGAGAAAAUCACGAUUUUUUCAGCCCCCAGGGGGCUUCCUCGUCUGGGAAACCAGGGCACGUACACAAUCCUGUUUUCUAAUGCGUCCGCAUAUAUUUUUGCACAAUGGCGGCUGUCGCAUGUGCAAAAAACGCAAAAAACAGUCUUUUUCUGAGAUUUAUAAUUAAAAAUCCUUGUAGUGAAUGCACUGCUUAUAACGGUAUAAUAAGAAGAAAUCUUACAAGCAUUUGCAGCAGAAAUGUGAACAAAUUACGUUUUUUUCAAAAUCGUUUUCUCAACAAAAGAGUUCAAGUAGUGAAUUAUUAUGUAAAAAAGAAGGAAAAGUCAACUGGGCCCUCAUCAGCUGUGUGGGCUGCUUUAGGUGGUGUGACAUGUGGGUUAUUGAUAAGUGCUAUUGCAUAUUUAGGACGUGCAGAAGCUGAUGGCGAUGAUAUAUAUCAAAAUGAAAAUUUUAUCUUGGCACAUGUUUACAGAUUUCGAGACCGCUUACAUGAAUACAGAGAGUCAUUUGUGGAGCCUUCGUCAGAUGUAUUGCUUCCUGAUCCUCUGCCAGAACCAUACAUUCAACCAAAGUACACAUUAGUGUUAGAACUUACAGAUGUUCUUGUUCAUCCAGAAUAUGACAGAUCGAGUGGCUGGAGAUUUCGUAAAAGACCUGGUGUGUCGCAGUUUUUGAAAGCUUUGACGUUACCAAUGUAUGAAAUUGUAAUAUACACCCACGAAAAUGGUUUUAGUUCUGCACCUGUUAUUGAAGGAUUGGAUCCAGAAGGAUUUAUUAUGUACAAGUUGUUUCGAGACGCCACCAAAUAUAUGAAUGGUACACAUGUUAAGGAUCUUUCCAAACUUAACCGCGACAUAACAAAAGUGAUUUUGGUCGAUUGUGAUGCGAAAACUAGUAUUUUACAGCCAAGAAAUUCAUUGGUACUAAAGAAAUGGGAAGGAGAUCCGAAGGAUACUUCUUUACUGGAAUUAAUUCCAUUUUUUCAUGCCAUCUCAGUUUCGAAUGUUGAUGAUGUAAGACCUGUGCUAGAUUUCUAUCGCGGUGAAGAGGACGUGGUUGCAGCCUUUCGUCGCAAUCAAGAUAUCCUACGUCAACAACAAGAAGAAAUGUUAGCUCAACAACAACAACAAAAGACUGGCAGUAGUUUUUUUGGAAGAGGGAUAUUUGGACGGAGGUGAAUUGCUGACUUAGCAACUUUAAAGAAUUCAUAGGUUUGUGUCAAAUGCUGUGAUUUAGACGGUCUGACACGUGGAAGAAGAAAAAACAAAGAAUAAACAGAACAGUGGAGUGGAGUUUUAUGGACAAUUCAGAAAAGCAAAGGAAUUUAUACAAAUGAAGUCAUUAAAAGUUUUGUUCCGUUAUAUUUUUCUGGGUUUUUUUAUAACUAUGUAUUUUUUUCUUUGUAAACACGUCUUAUGCAGGUGCUGCGAAGUUUGAUAAAGUGUGCCUUCCUCAAAAAACUUCCUUGCCAACCACUUUACAGAGUUAACAUAAGGGUAACGCUGUAAGAACCUUUUUUAAAAAUCAUUCUCUGCUAUCCAAUUUUAAUCGCGUCCGAAAAUUGACGAAAAUGAACGAAUAAACUUAAAGUAGUUAACAUUUUCUAUUUUUACUUAGAUUAAGAAUUUUAUGUAGAAAUUCUAGUUGUAUUUUAUAUUCAUCAAUGUUUGCAACAGCGAUAAUAUCCAGAGUUGGUUUGCACAAUAUAGCAAACUAUUUGAAAUUGU